CGGAUAUCCUUUGCAUUCCGAGGUCGGCCUUCUCUUCGAGCAAUGCUCUGUGCGCUUAUUCCCGUAGCCCUGCCCAACUCUUGGUAUUCCCGGCCGAGCUGGAACUACAAGAAUGCGUGGCGUCCGGCUUCAAUGAUGGAAAUGAUUUCACCAUUGCAUGUAAAGCUUUCAUACCUCUUUAGAUUCCUUUUUGUUCCUUUGCCACAGUUUCUGUUGCCUUCCAUAGAUCCCCUCUCCCGCAAUUGAGCUCUCGUUCGUACUAUACGUCCUCGAAUGCCUUUGUGGUAACCAAUCGCAAUGUUACUCUUGAGAGCUUCACAAAAGUCCGUCGUGCCCAAGUCUCUGGCACGGCGGAGCUUCUCUGUGACUUAUUCACGUGACAACUAUGCGGACACGAUCAAGAACCUCCAGAUUGGCGCCCACACGCGUGUCAUGUUUCAGGGAUUCACAGGAAAGCAGGCUACCAUGAAUGCGAAAGCCUCCAUCGAGUGGGGGACCAACAUUGUGGGUGGUGUGAAACCAAACACUGAAAGUGAACAUUUGGGUCUACCCGUGCUACCAAGCGUGAGAGCAGCGAAGGAGAAGCUCAAUCCUGAUGCCACAGCCAUCUACGUGGCCGCUGGACAGGCCGCUCCUGCUAUAGAGGAGGCCAUCGAGGCCGAAAUCCCCCUCAUUGUAGCUGUAGCCGAACACAUCCCACUUCACGACAUUCUGAGAAUAUCCUCGAUCCUACAAACACAAUCCAAAUCGAGACUGGUGGGUGCAAAUGCUCCUGGAAUCAUCUCGGCUAUUGGUCGAUGCCGGAUCGGGUUCCAGCCUCUGCCGUGUUUCGCACCUGGUCACGUGGGUAUCAUCGCGAAGUCUGGCACUUUAAGCUACGAGACAGUCGGUGCUCUCACAAGUGCUGGACUAGGACAGAGCACAGUGAUCGGUAUGGGUGGAGACAUCGUUGCUGGCACCAACUUUGUCGAAGCUUUGACGGCUUUUGAGACUGAUCCGGACACGCAUGCAAUCAUAAUGUGUGGUGAGAUAGGGGGUAGAACCGAAACUGAUGCUGCAGAGUGGAUCGCAGACUACAAGAAGCGUGUGAAGAAUCCUAAGCCCAUCGCGGCUGUGAUUGGUGGUGUACAUGCGAGGCAGGGUACGAUCAUGGGCCAUGCGGGCGCCUUUGCACUACCAGGAGACAAACUAGCGCAUGAGAAGGUCGAGAUAUUGAAGAAUGUGGGCGUGCCUGUUGUAGACCAUCCUACAAAGCUCGGCAGUCUCAUGAAGACUCUCAUGAAGCAGAGCGGGCGAGAGCAAUACAUAACCGAUAAAGCAACGCCUUCUCAAAAGCGAGGAUAUCAUACUUCACGUAUGAUUAAUAGACUACGCAUGACUCCUCCGAGUUCUUCCGUGAAUCACACAAUACAGCGCCGAUCUCUUAACAUCUCUGCUCAACAAGCCUCAGACCUCCUCAAUAAACAAGGUAUCAACACUUCCUCGACCCCUUCCGAUUCUGAUGCACGCUUCCUCUCCAUCACAGUCGAUCGUUCUGCUCGCUCCCCGUCAAUCCUCGUCUCUCCUUCUACCGAUAUGUCAACCUUCGAAAAGCGCUCUAAGCGCUUCCCCUACAAUUACCACCAGGGACCCUCCAAAACUCUAAUCGAAGAAGCCAUCGCCCAUCUACAGCUCGACGCCGCACCCCCUGCCGCCAAAAGCCAAGCAUAUAAGCUCAUCAAAACCCUGUCUACGAUGUACACCGCCACCGAAGCCAUCGACCUGACCGUCUCAGUUUCUGUCGACACCCAAUCCGACACCCUCAAAAUCUUCAACCCGUCCUUCAUGUUCGACGACUCCGCCCCCAAGUCUGCGAAGCGCCAACAAGAGAUACACGCACUUCGAGACAGAGACGCCGUCGACCCCGCCGAGCUCGAAGCCGAAAAGGACGGCAUUGUCUACGUUAAGCUCGGCGCCUCAUCCGACCGCACCCACAACAUCGGCACGCUCGUCAACGGCGCCGGCCUCGCCAUGAACACCGUCGACGCACUGUACAGCCAUGGCGGCAAGAGUGCCAACUUCCUCGACACCGGCGGCAAGGCCACCUCCGAGACGGUCAAGCAGUCCUUCAACCUGAUCCUGCGCGACGACCGCGUCAAGGUGAUCUUUGUCAAUAUCUUCGGCGGCCUGACGCUGGGCGACAUGAUUGCUAAUGGCAUAUUGCUUGCGUUCAAAGAGUUGGGAUUGCAGGAAAAGGGCAUUCCGGUGGUGGUGCGCAUCAAGGGGACGAACGAGCAGGAGGGGCAGCGGAUAAUUGCUGAGAGUGGGUUGAAGUUGGAGGCGUUUGAUCGGUUUGAUGAGGCUGCAGAUCGGGUUGUGGAAAUUGCGAAUGGAUCAUAGUAGAGUUGGAAAGAUAGCUUUGGUCUCGUGUUUGUAGAUGUCCACCUGUAUAGGUUGGACACGGUGCUGUGGCGUACCAGUGUUUGUAGAUGGUCCCAUUGGUCCAUGAAUAUGCAUCAAUCAUGUGAAUUUCUCGACCCCCUGGAUGUUCAUUAGAAUAUAGUCGAGUAGAGGUGCAUAAGAAGCAUGUCUAGUAAUUACUACUAAUAUAUUAUAUACAUG